AUGGAUGAUAAUAUAGAAGGACAAAAAUACAGUUUUUCUUCCGGCGACGACGAUGGGGUGAUGAUGAUGAGAGAGCAAGAUCGGCUGCUGCCGAUCGCCAACGUCGGCCGGAUUAUGAAGCAGAUAUUGCCGCCGAAUGCGAAGAUCUCGAAAGAAGCUAAAGAGACCAUGCAAGAAUGCGUCUCGGAGUUCAUCGGCUUCGUCACCGGAGAGGCGUCGGAGAAGUGCCGCAGGGAGAAGCGCAAGACGUUGAACGGCGACGAUGUUUGCUGGGCGCUGGGGAGCCUAGGGUUCGACGAUUAUGCUCCGCCGGUGAGGACGUAUUUGCAUAGGUAUAGACAGGUGGAAAGAGAAAAAGCUGGCGAGCAUAAAGCCGCCGGAAACAAUGGAGGAAGGAAAGGUUUGGCUGAGGAACCGGCGGCCGGCGACGACAAUUACUUGAAAGGUGAACCGGCGGUUGUAAGAUACUCUUCGUCUGAAACUACUACUGUGUGUCAUAACUCCUUCCAGCUUCAUCAUCAGUUUCAUUGA